UCAGCCAUGGCAGCCGCUGUUGUCUCUGCAACACCCUCGGGACAUGCAUUUCCCACCCUCAGGCAGCCUUUGUGGGGGGUCCUGCUGCUUCUCAGCUGUUUCCUCUGGAGGACGCCUGCAGCCAAUACUAAUAAGCCAACAAGACCAAAUAUUCUAUUGAUCAUGGCUGAUGACCUGGGAAUUGGAGACUUGGGGUGCUAUGGAAAUCGAACUUUGAGGACCCCCAAUAUCGACCGGCUUGCAGAGGAAGGGGUGAUGCUUACUCAGCAUCUGGCUGCUGCGCCCCUCUGUACCCCAAGUCGAGCUGCAUUCCUGACAGGAAGACAUGCUUUCCGUUCGGGCAUGGACGCCACGGACGGAUACCGGGCCCUCCAGUGGAACGCAGGUUCGGGGGGCCUCCCCCAAAACGAGACCACCUUUGCACGCAUCCUUCAGGAGCAAGGUUACGUCACCGGGAUCAUAGGAAAAUGGCACCAAGGCGUAAAUUGUGCCCACCGUGACGACCUGUGCCACCACCCCCUACGGCACGGGUUCGACUCCUUCUACGGGCUGCCCUUCACCCUGGUCAACGACUGCCACCCGGCCCGGCCACCUGAAGUGGACGCUGCCCUCCGGGCCCGCCUGUGGCUCUAUACUCGCGCCGCAGUGCUCGCAGUGCUAACCCUGGCGGCCUGCAGGGCCUGGGGCCUCGCACCCGUGUCCUGGACCCUGGUGACCGUGGCGGCCAGCUUGGUACUGCUUUUCUUCGGGGCUUGGUACUGCAGUUUUGGGUUUGUGCGACGCUGGAAUUGCCUGGUCAUGCGUGGGCCCUCGGUGGUGGAGCAGCCGCUGGACUUGAACUCGGCUCCCGUGAAGAUGAGGAGGGAGGCCGUGGCGUUCAUAGAGAGGAAUAAACACGGCCCGUUCCUCCUGUUUCUCUCUCUGCUUCAUGUCCAUAUUCCCCUGGUCAGCACUGCGGCCUUUUCGGGGAAAAGCCAACACGGCGCGUACGGAGACAACGUGGAAGAGAUGGAUUGGUUAGUGGGCGAGGUUCUGAAUGCCUUGGAAGAGAGGGGCCUGAAGAACACGACAUUUACCUACUUCACAUCUGACCACGGGGGUCACCUUGAGGCACAAGGCGAAGGCGGCCAGUUGGGUGGCUGGAACGGGGUCUACAGAGGUGGCAAAGGCAUGGGUGGCUGGGAAGGUGGCAUCCGCGUGCCAGGUAUAUUCCGGUGGCCCGGGGUGCUGCCCGCCGGCCGAGUGAUCUCAGAACCCACCAGCCUUAUGGACAUCCUCCCCACCGUGGCGCACCUGGGGGGUGGCCAGGUGCCUCAGGACAGGGUGAUAGAUGGCCGCAGUCUGCUACCUCUGCUGAAAGGAGACACGCAACACUCAGACCACGAGUUUCUCUUCCAUUACUGCGGACACCACCUGCACGCGGCCCGCUGGCAUGAGAAGGAUAGCGGAAAACUCUGGAAACUGCACUACACAACCCCACGGUUCCAGCCUCAAGGAGCCGGUGCCUGCUACGGCCUUGGCGUCUGCCCUUGUUCGGGGGACGGGGUUUCUCAUCACAAGCCCCCUCUGCUCUUCGAGCUCACCGGCGACCCGGCUGAGGCCCGGCCUCUGUCCCCCACUUCUGAGCCUCGCUUUCACACCGUGCUGGACCGGGUGGCCCAAGCGGUGGCCGAGCACCAGAGAACGAGAACCCCCGUCCCCCCACAAUUUUCCCCCGGUAAUAUCGCCUGGAAGCCGUGGCUGCAGCCGUGCUGUGGAAUUUUCCCUUUCUGCUCCUGCCAAGAAGACGUGAACCCCAAAAUCACAGUGUCUGAUCCACAGCUGUCUUAG